AUGCAUAAUCCUCACCACCAGACCCCCACCUCCCACCCCACCAUCCCCACCCACCCACCACCCCAUGCUCCCCUCCAGGUCCACCGCAUGCGAACCUCCUCGUCCUCAUGCCCCCUCCUGGCCAGGUCCAAACCGCUCCACCAGGUCCUGCUGAGCCACACAAACCGCGUCCAUAAUCCCUCCACUGCUAAUCAUACUUGCUCAAGGGCUGAAUAUUAUUCCAUUUUGGUCUGUGCAAAUGCUCAAUUAUUUGAGCAAAAGGCAUGGCAGCAAGAAGCUAAGAAGAGAACGAUACCAGCUACAACAGCAGACAAGAUGCACGAUCAGCAUCAGGCUCCGCCUCCUCCCUGUCCCCAAGGACCUCCACCAGGCCAUGAUGGACAUCCAGUAGGUGGCCCGGGCGACCACCACGGACCUCCAGCAGGUGGUCCGGGUCAGCAUGGACCUCCUCCAGGUGGUCCGGGUCAACAUGGACCUCCUGCAGGCGGUCCUGGUCAUGGUUGUGGCCCGGAGGGAGGCCAUGGACCUCCAGCAGGUGGUCCAGGUCAUGGUUGUGGCCCGGAGGGCGGCCAUGGACCUCCAGCAGGUGGUCCGGGUCACCAUGGACCUCCAGCAGGCGGUCCUGGUCACCAUGGUGGUGGCUCGCAUGGCGGCCAUGGCGGGCGUUGCUAA